AUGUCGGCCAUAUCAGGACUCGUUAAGCAAGGUGGCGAUAACUUGGUUCGCAAUGUAUGGGGCAUGUGGGACGGAAUGCGUCUUCGCGACUACAUAAGAAUCGUCAUAAUUGUUGGAGGAUACCUACUCCUACGUCCGUACUUGCUCAAAUUUGCUGCCAAGAUUCAGGCCAAACAAUACGCCAAAAUUCCCGAUACAGACGCUUCUGUUAAUGUCAAAAUCUCUCCUAACCAGCUUCGGGGUACCAGCACAGUAAACUCUGCAAAUAACGAUCUAAAAGAUGAUGAAAACGACCGUAUCGCUAGUGGCGCUGAUUGGGGAACUAAGGCUCGGAAACGACAGAAAAAGGCCAUAGAGAAAUUCACUGAAAAAGAAGAGAAAAAAGGGCUCGAGGCUCAAGGGGAGAACGAUGACAAAGAAAUUAUGGAUCUACUGGUCGAUUAUGAAGAGGGGAAGGACGGUUGGUGA